UGUCGCUAGAUUGGUUAUCGAAGAAAUUGCUCGUAGUCUCAAGUAUCAUUGUCGGAAGUGUAUCUCAUCGCGAUGGCUGAUAAUAGCCUCGGCCAAUGAAUGCAGAUGGGGGGCUUCAAUAUUACCGAUACCUUCACAUGCGUUCUUAUCCCACCGUCACCGACUUAUCUAUCUGUAUAACGAACAUCAGUAUACACUUGAGCACUGUGGACAACUUUGCUUCCUAGCAUGAUCCGAUAACACAUGCUCAACAUGUUUUCCCCUUUUGCGCCUCCAUCACCAUUCGAGCCGCCAUCUCUGCUGUACCUCUUUCUGCUCUCUCCUCCCAAAUUCCUCCUCAGAACGAUACACGGUCUAAUCUCACUCCUUCGAUCAUCCCCAUCACUACAAGCAAAUUUGCUUCCCAUCAGAGUAGUAUGUCUAUCAGACACACACUGUCGAAUACCAGCCACAGUUCCAGACGGCGACCUUCUGAUCCACGCGGGCGACCUCACACAAGCCGGCACACCCAAGGAGAUCCAAGCACAGCUAGAUUGGCUAAACACCCUCCCUCACGCGCAUAAAAUGGUGAUUGCAGGAAAUCACGACACCUAUCUAGAUCCUCGAUCACGGACAACUUUACCCUCUAGUGAUGUGGAAGGAGCAAGUUUAGACUGGGGAAAUAUACACUAUCUCCAGCACUCUACCACGACUCUAACGUUUCCGACACAUCGAAAUCGCACAUUGAAGAUUCAUGGUGCGCCGCAGAUUCCUGCUUGUGGAGGACCGGAGUUUGCGUUUCAGUAUCCACGGGGUCAGGAUGCGUGGUAUGACACUGUUUCAUCCGGUGUAGAUGUCUUGGUCACGCAUACGCCGUCGAAACAUCACCUUGAUCUCUAUGGCUUGGGCUGCGAGCAUCUCCUCCGAGAACUUUGGCGCGUGAAGCCACGGCUACACAUCUUCGGACAUGUACAUGCUGGAAGAGGCAAGGAAGUUCUGUACUGGGAUGAUGCACAAAAGGCAUUUGAGGACGGAUGCAGUAGACCUGAUGGUCUGGUCUGGAGUAUGGUGGAUUUCUGGCUGUGGAUUCACGUGGUAAAGACACUUUGGCAUGGUGUGUCGAGUGUGGUUUGGGAUCGUGUUUGGGGCGGUGAAGCGAGGUCGACGAGAUUGAUCAAUGCUAGUGUCAUGUACAUAAAUACUGGCCAGCUAAAGAACGCGCCGCAGGUGGUGGAGAUAUGAUUAUAGUAACUCGUAAUAUGAUAGUAUGCGCAGGCUGAUCUGGCACUGUCUAAAUUCAUGAUUCAUCCCGUGU